UCCUCUCCCACAGGUCAAACAAACACAGAUAAAUAGAGAUGGGAGAAGUGAAGCACAUACUUCUAGCCAAGUUCAAGGAUGAUGUCUCGCAAGAACAGAUCGAUCUUCUCAUCAAGGGUUAUGCGAAUCUCGUCAAUCACGUAGAGCCCAUGAAAUCCUUUCGAUGGGGAAAAGAUGUGAGCGUUGAAAACCUGCAUCAAGGCUUCACUCAUGUAUUUGAAUCGAGUUUUGAAACCACCGAAGGGAUUGCAACUUAUAUAUCUCAUCCAGCCCAUGUCGAGUUCGCUGAUAGUUUCCUGGCUCAACUUGAUAAAGUCCUGGUUGUUGAUUACAAACCUACAGCAGUUGAGCCAUGAAUCCUUUUCUUAUUGUUGUUAAAUGUAAGUUUGGCUAUGGAUGCUAUAAAUCACCAUGUAUGUUUGAAGGAUAUAUUACUUAGGCUUAAUAAAUAAAAAGUAAAGAACAUGUUGAAAAAUCUAAUGAAAGUCCAAUCGAGUGCAUUUUCAUGAUUUAAA